AUGAUUGAACCAGAAAAUGUUGGGUGAGUCUGAUUUAAAAAAUUUUAAAAUUUCCUAAAUUCUAGCGUCAAAAAUGAUUUGACACCUCCGAAUCCCUGGAGAUUUGCAAAUAUUGAAAAACAUCAGUGAGUUCCUAAAAUUUUUAAAUUCAAAUUUAAAUUUAAUUUUUUCAGAGACUCCAAAAAUAAUCCGGAAACUUUGGAAGCUGAGCUUCAUGUUGAUGUAUUCAGUAGAGCUUUUAGCUCGCCUGGAGCUCUCGGGGAUAAAGUUAUGCCAACUCAGAAAAGUAUAUUCAGAAAAUGCUCCAUCUACAAUUUUCUAAAAAAUCAUCGCAAAAAAUGUGGCUUCAGAUAUUUUGCCUUGUUAUUUUUAGUCGUUCUCUACACCCUUUUUGGUGCCACAAUCUUCUAUUUUAUCGAGGGAACACACGAAAAAGCGAUUCUCAAAGUUCAUGAACAGAAUUUGGAUGAUUUGUUGAAUCAUUUGGCCGAUGAUUUGUCGAGUGAUGUCAAUAAUCCCAAUGUGACUUUUACGAAACAGGCGAUGAAGGAUUAUAUUAGGGUUGGUGCGGGGGAGUUUUCAAAUAAUGGAAUAAUUCGGAUGUUAAAAAGUUUUUUGUAAAAUUUUUGAAACAGUGAAUCUUGGUGAUUUUUUUGUCGAAGAGAAUUUUGAGCUCUGAAAAAAUCACAGAAUUAUUUUCAGUUUAAAAAUUCAAUUACAUACACCGUCAGCAAAAAAUUUCUAACCUUCGAAAAUUUAUGGAAUUUUUUGAAACAGUGCAUUUUUUUCAAUCAAACAACAACUUCUUGGAACAGAGAAGAUUAUCCUAUAAAAAUUCAUGGAAUUUUUGAAACAGUUGAUUUUUUGGCUAAUUUUUUUUUGGUUAAAAUUCGAUUUAAAAAAAAGAUUUAAAUUUUUAGAAAUGUGCCGGAAAUUUUCCGAAUUUCCGGAUUUUCCGGUUUUUUUCACGGAAAAAUCAAUUUUCCGGUUUUCCGGAAAAUGUGCUCGGAAAAUCCGGAAAUGAUCUCUAGUAGUAAUAUUUUCAAAAUUGCCUAAAUUUUUGAAAAUUUUCUCAGUUUAUGAUAAAAAAAAUGAAAUUUUUGGAAAUUAUUUUUUUCAAUUUUUCAAAUUUUACUAUUUUUGAACGUAAGACGUCUCAAAUAGUUACUGAAUUACCUUUGAAUAGAAGAAUUGUAGAUAAAAAUAAGUUUUAGUGCUAUUUUAAGGCUGGAAAUCGAAAUUUCAGACUUUGAAAAAAUUUCCGGUUUUCCGGUUCAAAAAAUCCGGAAAUUUUCCGACUUUCCGUUUUCCGGCACAGAAUCAUUUUCAAUUUAUUUCUGUUCAAUUGCGUUGACUUAUCAGAAAAUUUCUAACCCUAAAAAAUACAUGAAAUUUUUGAAACAGUAAAAUUUUUGGCUAAUUUUUUAAAGUCAAAAUUGAGUGUGGCACCUUAAUUAACUUAAUUCCAGAAAGCCUACAUCGACCUUCAAAAACAAGAAUCACAAUACAAAUGGAGCACAUACUACAAACUCGAAGACCCCGAAAACAAUAUGAAAUGGACAUUUUCCAGCGCCUUUUUCUUCUCAAUGAAUGUCUACACAACAACAGGUUAUGGCGCAAUUUCAGCCGAAACUAUUUUCGGACAAUCCUUCACAAUGCUCUACGCAUUCUGUUUUGUUCCCCUAACUUCAGUGGUUCUUCGCGACUUGGGCCAACUUCUACUCGUCAAGUUUACUUGGGUUUAUGCGCACGCUUCGAUUUGUGUGAGAAAACUUUGUAAAUCAAAAAAUUUGGCGGGAGAUCAAAUUCAAAUUCAAAUGCCGGUUAAAUGUUGUAUGGGAAUUUUUGCGAUAUAUUUAUUGUUUUGCACAACUUUUGUCUAUAUUUAUGACGCUUUAAGUGGCCCAAAAUGGUCCGAUGGAUUACCGUAUUUCACGGCGUUUUAUUUUUCGUUCAUUUCUUUGACUACAAUUGGAUUGGGUGAUGUUAUGCCAAAUAAUCAGCCGGUAAGUGUUUUAAAAAAAAUUCUAGACUGAGGUCUGAGGUGGGCUCGAACCCCCGACCUCGAUCUCUCGAGAUAUAGACUUACUUACCGGCUGCGCCACAUCUCCCAAACUUUAUAGCUCGAUUUCUCAGCUCCCCCUUAAGCUCUAGAGCUCAUAUUUAGCUCAUUUUGAUCAGCUCAAUGAGCACAAUACGAAAAUUUACAGUACUCCCCACUGAUCUCAAUAUUAUUUUUCAUUGGAAUGGCAGUUGUCAGAGUUGUGAAUAGAUCUACAUUUAUCGCGGUGGAAAAUGGAGUUUUUGGAAUUAUGACAUUGGUGGAGCGAAAGAUUGAUCAAAAAUUCCCGCCGAGAAUUGAGAUUUCCGAAGCUUCUUUCGAUUCUGAUGCUGAACUUGAAGAUCAACGUCGACAAAAUCUGAAAUCCCGACCAAUUUCCGAAUUUCUGAAGUCAAAUGAGGAUAUUUACGGUGGCGGAUUCGGUCAGGUCAAUUUACGAGCAGCCGACUUGAAGCAACUCAGAUUCCGUACGACUUUUCGAAGUGUCUCUGAAACUAUUCCUAGAAAUGUUCAUUAA